AUGGCUAAAAGCGAAUCAAAUGAACUGCGAAAUAAGUUGAAUUGGAGUAUACUGAUCAACAGCAACAGUAGUACAAUGAUCAACAGCAACAGUAGUACAAUGAUCAACAGCAACAGUAGUACAAUGAUCAACAGCAACAGUAGUACAAUGAUCAACAGCAACAGUAGUACAAUGAUCAACAGCAACAGUAGUACAAUGAUCAACAGCAACAGUAGUACAAUGAUAUCUACUUCUAUCGUUGAUGAUUUACAGUCGAUCAUUGAUGAUUCACAGUGUAUCGUGGAUGUUUUACAGUCUGUCGAUGAUGAUUUACAGUCUAUCGUUUUUAAUUUACAGUCUAGUGUUGAAAAUUUCAAUUAUAUCGUUGAUGAUCUCAAGUCUAUCGGUGCUGAUUACCAGUCUAUCGUUGAUGAUUUAAAUUCUGUCGUUGAUGAUUCACAGUCUACCGAUUAUGAUUUAAAUUCUGUCGUUGAUAGUUUACAGUCUAUCUCGAUCAUUGAUGAUUCACAGUGUAUCGUGGAUGUUUUACAGUCUGUCGAUGAUGAUUUACAGUCUAUCGUUUUUAAUUUACAGUCUAGUGUUGAAGAUUUCAAUUAUAUCGUUGAUGAUCUCAAGUCUAUCGGUGCUGAUUACCAGUCUAUCGUUGAUGAUUUACAGUCUAUCGUUGAUGAGUUACAGUCUAUCGGUGAUGAUUACCAGUCUAUCGUUGAUGAUUUACAGUCUAUCGUUGAUGAUUCACAGUCUACCGAUUAUGAUUUAAAUUCUGUCGUUGAUGGUUUACAGUCUAUCUCUAUCGCGGAUGAUUCACAGUCUAUCGUUGAUGAUUUGCAGUCUAACGUUGAUGAUUUACAGUCUAUUGUGGAUGAUUUACACUCUAUCGUUUAUGAUUUACAGUCUAUCCUGGAUGAUAUACAUUUAAGCGUUGAUGAUUUACAGUCUAUCGUUGAUGAUUUACAGUCUACCGUUGAUGAUUUAAAUUCUGUCGUUGAUGGUUUACAGUCUAUCGUUGAUGAUUUACAGUAUAUCUCGAUCAUUGAUGAUUCACAGUGUAUCGUGGAUGUUUUACAGUCUGUCGAUGAUGAUUUACAGUCUAUCGUUUUUAAUUUACAGUCUAGUGUUGAAGAUUUCAAUUAUAUCGUUGAUGAUCUCAAGUCUAUCGGUGCUGAUUACCAGUCUAUCGUUGAUGAUUUACAGUCUAUCGUUGAUGAGUUACAGUCUAUCGGUGAUGAUUACCAGUCUAUCGUUGAUGAUUUACAGUCUAUCGUUGAUGAUUCACAGUCUACCGAUUAUGAUUUAAAUUCUGUCGUUGAUGGUUUACAGUCUAUCUAUAUCGUUGAUGAGUUACAGUCUAUCGGUGAUGAUUACCAGUUUAUCGUUGAUGAUUUUCAGUCUAUCAAUGAUGAUUCACAGUCUACCGUUUAUGAUUUAAAUUCUGUCGUUGAUGGUUUACAGUCUAUCGUUGAUGGUUUACAGUCUAUCGUUGAUAAUCCACAGUCAAUCUCUAUCGCGGAUGAUUUACAGUCUAUCGUUGAUGAUUUGCAGUCUAACGUUGAUGAUUUACAGUCUAUUGUGGAUGAUUUACAGUCUAUCGUUUAUGAUUUACAGUCUAUCCUGGAUGAUAUACAUUUAAGCGUUGAUGAUUUACAGUCUAUCGUUGAUGAUUUACAGUCUACCGUUGAUGAUUUAAAUUCUGUCGUUGAUGGUUUGCAGUCUAUUGUUGAUGAUUUACAGUAUAUCUAUAUCGUUGAUGAGUUACAGUCUAUCGGUGAUGAUUACCAGUUUAUCGUUGAUGAUUUUCAGUCUAUCAAUGAUGAUUCACAGUCUACCGUUUAUGAUUUAAAUUCUGUCGUUGAUGGUUUACAGUCUAUCGUUGAUGGUUUACAGUCUAUCGUUGAUAAUCCACAGUUAAUCUCUAUCGCGGAUGAUUUACAGUCUAUCGUUGAUGAUUUGCAGUCUAACGUUGAUGAUUUACAGUCUAUUGUGGAUGAUUUACAGUCUAUCGUUUAUGAUUUACAGUCUAUCCUGGAUGAUAUACAUUUAAGCGUUGAUGAUUUACAGUCUAUCGUUGAUGAUUUACAGUCUACCGUUGAUGAUUUAAAUUCUGUCGUUGAUGGUUUGCAGUCUAUUGUUGAUGAUUUACAGUAUAUCUCUAUCGUUGAUGAUGUACAGUCUAUUGUGGAUGAUUUACAGUCUAUCGUGGAUGAUUCACAGUUAAGCGUUGAUGAUUUACAGUCUAUCGUUGAUGAUUUACAGUCUACCGUUUAUGAUUUAAAUUAUGAUGUUGAUAGUUUACAGUCUAUUGUUGAUGAUUUACAGUAUAUCGAUGAUGAGUUACAGUCUAUCGGUGAUGAUUACCAGUCUAUCGUUGAUGAUUUACAGUCUAUCUCUAUCGCGGAUGAUUUACAGUCUAUUGUGGAUGAUUUACAGUCUAUUGUGGAUGAUUUACAGUCUAUCGUGGAUGAUUCACAGUUAAGUGUUGAUGGUUUACAGUCUAUCGUUGAUGAUUUACAGUCUAUCGUUGAUGAUUUAAAUUCUGAUGUUGAUAGUUUACAGUCUAUUGUGGAUGAUUUACAGUCUAUCGUGGAUGAUUCACAGUUAAGUGUUGAUGGUUUACAGUCUAUCGUUGAUGAUUUACAGUCUACCGUUGAUGAUUUAAAUUCUGAUGUUGAUAGUUUACAGUCUAUUGUUGAUGAUUUACAGUAUAUCGAUGAUGAGUUACAGUCUAUCGGUGUUGAUUACUAG